AUGCCAAGUUUAGAGACACUGGACUUGUCAAGUUGUCAGCUCAGUGGUCAGUUUAUGGCAGAGUCUGGAGGAAGAUUGUUCCAGAAUCUUCAAUAUUUAAAGCAGCUUGAUCUGUCUUUUAAUCAACUGGCGUUUCUUAGCCCUGAAAUUUUCUCCAAAAAUGUCAAUCUCAAAGAGCUUUUUCUUGCAGGAAACAGGUUCAAGAAAAUUCCAUUUAGUUUGAAGAACACUCCUAGGCUGAGUGUCUUGGACAUGAGAUUUAAUGAAUUGACGAGACUUCCUGUCGAAAUAAGAAAUAAUUUGGACAAAAUUUUUAAAGAAAACAAGGAGUUCAGCUUUUAUUUAGAAGGAAAUGUUUUAUCUUGUGGAUGCCAUGACAUCCAAUUCUUACAGUGGAUACAGUUGACAGUUGUAAAUAUGGAUAUGUUCAGGAACUAUUCGUGCGUUGAUAACGAUGGAGUUUUAACAUACACGACAGCUCUUUCAGAUCUACAAAUUUACUGGCGUCAGUGUUGGGGAACAUUUUUCCUGUAUCUUUCUGUGAUCCUGUUUUGCUUGCUUAUCAUUGGAUUUGUGUUGUGUUUUUUUGUUACCAAGUACAAAACGUACAUCAUUUCUGGGCUGCUGAAUUUGUUUAGUGAAACCUUUCUAAAGAAACCUUCCAACUACGAGAUUGGUGUCUUCAUUGGUUAUGCUGAUAGAGAUUACCAGUUAGCUUGUCAUGACCUCAGGCAGUUUAUCGAGGCCACGCUGGGGUUAACGACCUUUAUUCGUGACCGUGACCUCUCACCUUCAACCGACCUGGCGUCUGGGAUUAUCGAUGCUAUAAAUAGAAGUUGGCGCGUGCUUCUGGUCGUGAACGAAACUUUUCUCUCGCAAGACGAUUGGUUCCUCUACACAUGCAGGUCAGCCAUAUCCAACCUGACGCCCGCUAAUCCUAAUCUUAUUGUGAUUAUGGUUGACAGCCAGUUACGUCAUCGUUUACCACGUGACAUCCUGGGGGCGGUGUCUGAGGAAAACAUCAUCGUCAUGAACGAGGGGAGGAGACUCAAGUAUGACGUCACGGAUAAGCUGAGAACUCGAUUACUAGCCUAACCAUUUUAAAGACUAGUUCACACAAGUACAGACAUAAAGAAUAGUUUAAACAAGAUUCAUAGGCAAGUUCACACAAGACAUAAAGAAUAGUUCAAAAAGAUACAAAGGCACGUGUCCUCUCACCUUCAACUGACGUUGCCUCUACCACUGCCACUGUGCAUGCAAUAGACAGAAGUUGGCGCGUUCUUCUGGUUGUCAACGAACGAAACGUUUUUGUCAAUUGACCGUUGGUUCUUGUUCAUGUGUAGAGCAGCCACAUCUGCUUUGACGUCUGCUAACCCUAAAAGGAUUGUCGUUCUUGUUGAGGACCAGUUACGUCACCGUCUGCCAGCGGAACUGUCGAGAGUUGUUUUGGAGGAUAACAUUGUUGUUACCAGAGGAAAUUUCUUAGACUAUUCGCUGACGGAAAAACUAAGAACACGAUUGGUAGAAUAAAUACAAGUUAUUAACUAGAACUGAAAGGAAAAUGUUCACAGAGAUUCUCUUAUACACUUUGAC